AGUCAAAGCCAUUUAUGUUCAGCAGAGGAACCCACCAUGGCCUCCAACAACGAUGCUACAUCAUGCGAUUCCUCGUACUUGGAUGAAUUUGGUAGUAUAAACAAAAUCAACUUCAUCCACUUCCGGGGUUUCGAAAGACACCCAAAAUCGCACCAUUCAGUCUCCAGCGAAAUCUUGAAUGAAAUUGAAUCCCCUUCAUCAGAAUCUGCCCAAACAUUGCCACCAAUGAAGAUCUCUUGACCGAAAUAUUACUGCACUUGCCCCCAAAAUCUCUACUUCGUUUCCAGACAGUUUCGAAAAAUUGGCUUUCAAUUAUUAGCAGUCCCCUAUUUCGUCGUCUCCACACCCGUAAGAAUGCUAGGUCCUCUGCCUCCACCAUCGGUUUCUUCUUGUGUCGGAACCCCAUUUUCAAUUUUCUUUCGCUGCACGGGGAAAAUUUAUCUACAAUGAGUAUGAUGAACGCAAGAUUCUCCAGUAUACGUGAUGGUAAAAUAAUUUAUCAUAUGAAUUCUGGUAAUGGACUAUUUUGCAUAGAUUUUAAAAUGGGUGAUGGUAAAAUAGUUUAUCAUAUGAAUUCUUAUAAUGGACUAUUUUGCCUAGAUUUUAAACUGGGUGAUGGGAAGAGGGAGUUUUACAUUUACAAUCUCACCACUGGUAAAUACAAGUUUAUUCCACUACCGUACGUAAUCGAACCCCAAUUAAUAAAAACUAUGAAUAUAGCUUUUGAUCCUGAAAAGUCAGAGGAUUACGAUGUUGUGUGUGUUCGGUUGUCUGUGUCUGAAAUUCAACUCAGGAUCGCGGUGUAUUCUUCAGGUGAUGGGGUGUGGAGGCAUUCUACUGAGUGUUAUGACUGUAAUGAAUAUGGAGCAGUGGAUUUAUGUUGUGAUUGUGGUGUUUUCUGGAAUAGGGCUGUUCAUUGGGUGAUUCAAACAGGCCCCUUCUUUUGCUUUGAAAUUGGUAAUUGCAGCUUCAGAUCAAUGCCUACAACUCCGAUUCCUGAAGAACAAUCUCAGAGGAACAUCGAAUACUUUGGGGAAUCUGUAGGGCAUUUGCAUCUCAUUGGUCAAAAUUCUCAUCAAAGUACAAAAUUUGAUAUUUUCGAGCUGGAAGUUGAUUACUCUGCGUGGUUUGUCAAGUACCAUGUUAAUUUAGACUCUUUACCCAAACUUUACCCUGCCAUGGUGAAUCCACCAGAAGAGUAUGUAUAUUCGAACGUAUUUUCAACAAUUUGUUUUCUUGAAGAUGAGAAAUAUAAGGCUAGGCUAUUGCUAGGGCUUCCUGGGAAAAUUAUUUUAUACAACUUGGGAAAUGGGACGAUCAAAGAGCUUGCGGAUGUGAAGCCAGCUUCUUUGUCUUGUUAGAUGGCUUUGA